GUGAUACUCUGCAAACUUCAGAGAGUUCACAAGUCACAUUGUUGCUUAUUGUUGAGUUAACUGUCAAUAUUUAUUAAUUAGACAUAAAAUGGUACGAAAAUUGAAAUAUCACGAACAAAAACUACUAAAAAAGGUCGACUUCAUUUCAUGGAAAGCUGACAACAAUUUACACGAAGUAAAAAUAUUGAAACGUUAUCGUAUUCAAAAGAGAAGUGACUACACAACAUAUAAUCAAUUAGCGCGAGAAAUUCGGGAAGUUGGCAAAAAAAUAAAGGAAAUUGACCAGGAUCAUCCUUUUCGAGCCGAGCAAAGUGCAUUAUUACUUGAAAAAUUGUACAUGAUGGGUCUAAUUCCUACAAAAUGGGAUCUAUCAUUGUGUCAAAAAGUAAAUGCCAGUUCCUUUUGUCGUCGACGAUUGCCAGUUAUAAUGGUUCGAAAUAAAAUGAGUGAAAAUUUAAAAAUGGCAGUGCAAUUAAUUGAACAGGGACAUGUGAGAGUUGGAGCUGAAUUAGUCAAAGAUCCAGCUUUUCUUGUAACGAGAAAUUUGGAAGACUUUGUAACGUGGGUCGAUACUUCAGCUAUUAAGAAACACAUAAUGACGUACAACAAUGCCAGAGACGAUUUCGAUGCUAUGUAAUUAUAAAAAGUAUUUCUAUAAAAUAGGUUAUUGAUAAAAUAAUUUCUAAUUUUUUUAAAUAAAAACUAUUUGCUAAUA